AUGCCCGAAAAGCUCAUCUUGUUCGAUAUUCCCGAUCGGAACGGGGCCUGUUGGUCUUUGAAUCCUUGGAAGACUCGACUGACUCUCAACUACAAGGGCAUUGACUACAAGACGGAGUGGCUCGAGUAUCCCGAUAUCGAGCCUAGGCUCAAGCCAACGGGCUUGGAAGGUGACCCGGACCAGAUCAAGCCUUACACGUGUCCCACUGUGCAGUUCCCUGAUGGUACAUACAUCAUGAACAGCGCCAAGAUCAUCAAGCGCAUUGAAGCGGACUACCCUGAGCCGCCGCUCUACAUAGAUUCGGAGGUGCUCCAGCCAAUGUACGAUCUUCUAAGCAAGACUUUCGGAGCUCUUGUUGCUGUCCUUUUGCCCAAUGUCCCCCGUAAAAUGUUGGGCGAGUAUAGCGCGGAGUACUUUCAUCGAACUAGGGCGGAGAUGUUUGGGGUCUCACUGGAUGAGCUUGAGAAGACCAAGGGAGGGGAUGAAGCCUGGGCGAAUGCCAAACAGCCACUGGAGGGCCUCGCGAAGCUUCUGGACAAGACCGAUGGCCCGUACUUCCUCGGUGACAAGGUGUCUUACACGGACUUCGUUUUUGUUGGAUUUCUGCACUUUGUCAAGAGAGCUGGAGAGGAACAUUAUCAACGUGUUGUGCAGCAUUGCGAGUCUUUUGACAAGAUUUACCAGGCUUGCGAGAAGUGGUUAGAGCGCAACGACCAUUGA